AGUUGCUGCAACACACUCACAUCCACCACCACCAUGGAGGAUAACUUCAGCAUCGACUGGAGCAAUCCCAUGGCCAUGUUCCACAACGACCAUCACCACCACCCGCCGCAGCACGUCAACGCUGGAGAAGAGGCAGACGGCGACGGCAACCACUUUCGCGGACCUGAUAGUAACUUGAACGGACAAACCCAACCUGGCGCACUCGAGCAGAAGGCGCCACAAUCAACCGCGGUAGCCGCUUCGCAUAUGAGUGCGCAAGGAGACGAUGCCGCGAUGAAGCAAAAGCUCGAGAACCAGCGGCGAGCUGAAGUGCUGCGCGCUAAAUUGAUUGCCGUGCGUCAAAACACCCCCAUCAAACCAUCCACGCCCGUCCCUACCUCAACAAAGGCACCUGUCGACGCAAUCGACUCUUCUGAAAAAGCGCCCGCUAUAAAAGUCUCACACACACAGCAGCCGCAACAGCAGCAGAGCAAAACGGCCACACCACAGCAGAAGGAGGAAGAAGACGAAGAGGAAGAGGGCGAGGUGAAGCCAACACACAAGGCAAACGAGAUCGAUUUCGAGGAUCUCGAGGCGUUGUUAGCCGCUGGCAAAGCUCACGCCGACGCUCAGACCGCUGCAGCUCAGCACACGAAGGAGAUGACACACGUCGCGCCAUCCACGGGCAAUAGCCCAGGUGGACCACGCGAUACUGAGGAGCUGGAGUUGUUCCCUGCCAAGCGACAGCAGCUGCAGCAGCAGCAUUCUUCGACUGACCGUCCUCGUGUCGCUGACCUUGCAGAUGUGUACUACACUGACCUUGUAGCAUGGCUGGAAAUGACGGGCUACCACGACGUGGAGUAUCGUGAGUCCAAAUUGCGCACAUACAAGGAGAGGAGAGCUUUGGAAGACGAAGCUGCUCGCAUCGCAGAGAAGUUGGAAAAGUUGAGGCAGGCUGAGCAGACGGAGAUGCAAUUGCUGCGCAUGGGCACUCCCGGUGCAAAGGCUCCAUCUAUGGCCCCGCCUCCGCUGCCACUCUCCAUGGUUCCGCCUGUCAAUGGAGUCAAGCGCGCGCGUUCGCCUGAGCAAGUCCCAGCGGAGAAGAGGCAGCGCGAAGACGACGGGUUCCGCGUUCGUAGCGGGAAAGAGUUGCCGGACCAGCAUCAGGUGUUUGCACGGCGUCCUCGCUCCCCGACUCCCGCCUCGGAACGUCGUGGGUCAUACCCUGAUGCUACGCGUCGCUCCAUCGACGACAGAGGUCUGCCUGGAAGUCGUAGCAGAGACCCAUCUUUGGAGCGCCGCUCCCAGUACUAUCGCCGCGAUGACGAUCUUCGUUAUGACUACUUUGCUGCGCCGCGUCAGCCAGCUCCCCGUGAGCCGCGCUCGAGCUAUGGCAACGGCAGUGGGGUAAGACCAGGUUGGCCUCAUGGCCGCGAGAUGGACAGCAAUAGCCGUCCGAGUGCUGGCUUGGACCUCAAGAAAGGUGGUCAGUCAUCCUAUCGCCCCCGCUGAAUAGCCCUCCGAUCAACAUUGGAAACACAAAAGGCUUCACAUGCAUAGCGGGCGGUCAGAUUAGCAGGAGCAUACAUACUAUGCCGCGUG